GCCGCUGACCGGCAGGGGGCGCUGGGAGCGCCGUCAUCUCAUCUGAACUCAACACACGAAGCGGAGCCAGCAGCCAAUCAGCGGCCCGCGUUCAGCCGCUGCGCUGGGCUAAUUGUGUUGUCAUGUCGGCCGCUGGGGUUUAACCUGCGUUCCUGCGGGCUGAGGCGACCCAGACAGCGGCCUCCUGUGCGGGAUCCGGCCCCAUGGAGACCCCCAGAGACCCGAUGGAGCGUCCGUCCAGGAAGCGGCAGGAUUCCUUCGGGAUGCUGGACAGUCUGGAGGAGGACCGCAGCAGCUGCAGCUCUGACUCCAGCGGCGGCAGCGGAGCGUCCAGCCCGGAGGACAGCGAGGACGAAGACUUUGGAGUGGGAGGGGUGGGGAGUCAACUCACCACCUCGUCGUCGUCCUCCCUGAUGCUCAUUAAGACCAACGGACAGGUGUACACCUACCCGGACGGCAAGGCGGGCAUGGCCACCUGUGAGAUGUGCGGGAUGAUCGGCGUCCGGGACGCUUUCUACAGCAAGACCAAGCGUUUCUGCAGCGUCUCCUGCUCCAGGAGCUUCUCCUCCAACUCCAAGAAGGCCAGCAUCCUGGCCAGGCUGCAGGGGAAGCCGCCCACCAAGAAGGCCAAAGUCCUGCAGAAACAGCCUCUGGUGACCAAGCUGGCCGCGUACGCACAGCACCAGUCCAGCCAGCAGGGCGGCGCCAGAAAGAGCGUCUCUGUGGACGGCUUCGACUGGGGACGCUACCUCGGAGACGGAGACGUGGCGGGGGCGCCGGUCAGCUGCUUCAAACACGUGCCGAUGGGGAAGUCGUGGGGCAGCGUCAGUGAGGGGGUCCGGGUGGAGGUGCCCAACACCGACAGCGGUCUGCCCAUGAAGGUCUACUGGAUCGCCAGCAUCGUCAAGCUGGCCGGUUUUAAGGCCCUGCUGCGGUACGAGGGCUUCGACAGCGACUCGACCCGGGACUUCUGGCUGAACCUGUGCGUGCCGGACAUCCACCCUGUGGGCUGGUGUGCAGCUGGAGGGAAACCUCUGGUUCCUCCUCAGACCAUCCUGCACAGGUUCACCAACUGGAAGACCUUCCUCAUCAAGAGACUGACCGGCUCCAAAACUCUGCCGCCGGACUUCUCAUCGAAGGUGAAGGAGAGCAUGCAGUUCCCCUUUAAGAAGCAGAUGAGGGUGGAGGUGGUGGACAAGACCCACCUGUGCCGGACCCGGGUGGCCCUGGUGGAGCAGGUGAGUGCCGGUCGGAGCGCCGGUCGGGCCGCUUCUGUCCCCCUGACGGCGGUGUGCUCGCAGGUGAUCGGCGGGCGGCUGCGGCUGGUGUACGAGGAGUGCGACGACGGGACGGACGACUUCUGGUGCCACAUGUACAGCCCGCUGAUCCACAGCAUCGGCUGGUCCCGCUCCAUCGGGCACCGCUUCAAACGGUCAGACGGGACCAAGAAGCUGGACGGACAGAUGGACGCUCCUGGACAGCUGUUUGCUAAGGUGAAGGAGGUGGACCAGACGGGACUCUGGUUCCAGGACGGGAUGAAGCUGGAGGCCAUCGACCCGCUGAACCUGUCUGCCAUCUGCGUGGCCACCGUGAGGAAGGUCCUGGCAGACGGCUACCUGAUGAUCGGCAUCGACGGCUCCGAAGCCGCCGACGGCUCCGACUGGUUCUGUUAUCACUCCACGUCUCCGUCCAUCUUCCCCGCCGGCUUCUGUGAGAUCAAUAACAUCGAGCUGACGCCCCCCAGAGGCUACACCGGUCUGCCCUUCAGGUGGUUUGAGUAUCUGAAGGAGAGCACGUCUGUGGCAGCUCCAGUCAACCUCUUCAACAAGGAAGUCCCAAACCACGGUUUCCGUCCUGGGAUGAAGCUGGAGGCCGUGGACCUCAUGGAGCCGCGGCUGGUCUGCGUCGCCACGGUGACCAGGAUUGUCCACCGGCUGCUGCGGAUCCACUUUGACGGUUGGGAAGACGAGUACGACCAGUGGGUGGACUGCGAGUCACCUGACCUGUACCCGGUGGGCUGGUGUCAGCUGACCGGGUACCAGCUGCAGCCGCCUGCAGUCACCGCAGGGUCCAGAGAUCUGCAGUCUGCAGGAUCCAAACAGAGAAGGAAGUCCCAGCAGUACAGAGGACAGAAGAAAAAGAGGAAGUUACCCGUUGCUAAGCGCCCCGUCAGCCUCUCCGGCUCCAUGGUAACGGGAGUUCCCAGGAACCUAUCAGGAGACGAGAACGAGACUCCGCCUGAUUACCCGUCGCCGCCUCCUCCGGCCUCGGCAGCCCAGCCGCGCUCCGCUGACCCCGACGCCGUGGGGGACGCAGGUCUGCAGCUGGAGAUCCACAACAACACAGGAGGGACGAACUCCUCAUGUCAGCGAUCAGCUCCAGAAACCAACGGCUCGUCCGGAGACUUCCUGGCCAACAAAGAUCAGUAAAAUCUGUCCUUUAGCAUCGAGCCUUUUACUGUGAUGAACACAAACUGCCGUCCGCUUCUCCUCGUCGCUUCUCUUCCACAAACCUCCAACUUCUCUGAAACCAAAGGUCAGAAACUGGCCUGAGAAAGAAGGAAAUUCACGCUGAUGGCCGAGAGUCUGGGUGCUUUUGCAAAGUGUUUAAAGUUCGGACGUUUUUUCUUUAUUUAAAACAUCUUUUACUCCUUUAAACCGUCCAGCAGUAGAAAAUCUGAAGGGCAUCCUGGAAACGACGGCUUACUUUCCAUCAUUUUCAGGUUUUAAUUGUUUCCUGGAACUUCAGUUUAUUGUUCUAAUUGGUUAAAAGGUUUUCUGUCAGGUUGCAUCGAGUCACUGACUCGCUGGGUCAGAACCUUCCUUCCAGGCUGCUUUAAUGAGGCGACUCGUUAACGUGGUAAUAACAGCAUAACGAGUUACACGUCAGAGCGCAGCCUGAUCAUAACGAGUAGCCUGCAGGGUCCAGAACACAUCCUGCAGGUUCCCGGGAGAACGUAGAAAGUACCGGGUCAGGAGAUACUUUCUAAUACCGAUCAGUUUCCAAACAGUAACCAUUGGCUCAUGGAUGGUGUUGUUUUGUAUUUGCACCCUCAGAGAAGUUACCCCCAUCUUUCAGAAAAGAGCCCUGCCGGUUACUGAAAAGUUCCCUGAAAGUUACAAAAGGUUACCUCUAAAUUUAGAAAGGUUCCCUCUGAGUUACAGAAAACUACCUGCCAUCUUUCUGAAAAGCAUCCGGCAGGUAAGUUACAGAAAGUUUACCUCAAUUUAUCUAGUAAAGUAACCUCUAAACUCCAGAAAGGUUCCCUGUAAGUUUCACAAAGGUUACCUCUAGAAUUUG